UUCACGCUUCCAUUCAAGCCAUAGAUGAUUCUUCCUUCCCUCUACGCUUCGUAGGCAUCAUUUCCUCCAGAUUUGACUAAGCAUGUCGGACCCUGAAGUGCCAUCAGCCCCCGUGUCGGUUGUUCGAAGACCGGAGCCAUCAGCCCCGCCCACACAGCCGCCGACACAGGAGUAAGCACAACAGCAUGUCAUCGGGCGGCUCAAACAGCGCAAGUUGUUGGGAUGCUGGCUUUGUUUGCAAUGACAUGUCAGAUUGAAGGCUCCCUUCGCCCAUCGAGGUCGGUCGACGCUUCUCGUUUGCCUCACCAUGUGGCUGGCGGGAUGUGACGAUCACCUGCUGCCGGCGUCCUUCAGAGCACUGGUAAGUCGUCCACAGCAAGAUUUUUUUGCAUCAUUAUCGCCUGUUCUGCAAUGAUCUGUGCUUCCGAUACACCAUCCAUGUAGGAGUCGGACUUAAAGAUGCAUCCAACGAAGCUGGCGCUGCUGUCCUUCUCCCAGGCCCUCUUCUUCGCUCUGUCUCUGCCGUUCUGGGGCAUCUCAGCUGACCGGUCCCCACGCAACGCCGUGCUGGGCAUCGGCUGCAUUAUGUGGGGCAUCAUGACCUGCAUCUUCGCCUCCUCGUCUGCCUUCGUCCUCAUGUUCAUCAUACGAGCGCUCAACGGCAUCGCUCUGGGCAGCGUGCCGCCUGUUGGUACGUCCGCUGGCGCAACGGGGGAUGGGAUUUGAUGGUGGAUUGGUGUCUUUGCUAUUGAUUCAGGCCAGUCCCUUCUGGCCGACAUGUAUGGCGAGAACGAGAGAGGUAUGGCGUUUGGCUGGGCCCACUCUGCCGCGAGUCUCGGCCGGCUGGUCGGCGGCGUGACCACCACCACUAUCUCGAACAGGAUAUAUUUCAAGAUACAUGUACGGGAGUGAGGCAAUGCAUCCUGCUUGUCUGCCAGUCUGCUGCAUAGAGUCGAUGAUGUCCUCUUGCGCAGGGUUGGCGGCUCGCCUUCUUUGCCGUUGGGCUGCUGUCUCUGGCCAUGGGAAUUGCAAUAUGGUUCCUCCUGGAGGAGACGCAGUGGCACAAGCACCCAGCCCUGAGGAAGAGACGGCGGAUGGGCUCAUUCAACUCGCGCACCACGCCCCCCUUGUCGAGACGGCAGUCGGUGCUGGAGUCGUUUGCUGAGGUCAUGAACACGGAAGGGGACACAUUUACGGGAUUCGCCAGAUACCUCCGGGUGCCCAGCGUGCUCCUCUUGCUAUCACAGGUUAGGAAAGAAAUGCUUCCAGACCUGCCAGCCUGCCUUUGUCACGUGCUCCCCUUUCUCUUGAUCCAUUGACAGGGGAUCUUCGGCAACAUUCCAUGGUCAGCCUUUGCCUUUCUCACGAUGUAUAUCCAAUACUGCGGUGUGCCCGACCGGAUUGCCGCUCUUUGUAUGUCCGGCGGGCUGCUGGCGGCCGCAUGCGGCGGCUUCAUCGCAGGCCCCAUCGGCGAUCGCCUUUACUCGUGGUCAGAGGACCACGGCAGGCAGUACGUCGCCCAGCUGGGUGUGCUCAUCAAGGUGCCUCUCAUCACGCUGUUCUUCACCCUGCCCCGCGAGCCAUCGUCGGCGCCUUACUUCAUCUUGCUCACUAUCCCCAUCGGCUUCUCCACUGCAUUUGUCGGCUCGGCUGCCAUUCAGCCAAUCUUGGCGACACUGGUCGAGACACGAUUCAGGGGAACAAUUUUCUCCUUGGUCAGUCACGCGUGCGGGGGUAAAUGAACGCAGUGGCCAUCCGUCCUCUUACCUUUUUUCUGUCGCUGCAGGUCGGUGCAUGUGAUGUGGCUGUGGGGGCUUUGCUGGGUGCGCCACUGGUUGCGUUUCUAUCCGAAUACGUCUUCGGGUGAGAGCCUGGGAGAUGGUAGAAAAGAUACCCCAACGCACAUGCUCCCCCCUUCUCCCCCCUUCUCUUCGCUCCUUGUGCAGCUAUGUCCCUACCGAUCAGAAAGUAUGGGAGAUGUCCGACGAGUUUCGACUCCAGAACGCCGGGUGCCUCGCCCAGGCCUUGCUGUGCACCACGGCCAUCCCCUGGAGUAUCUGUUUCUUGAUCUUCUCGGGGCUGCACAUGACGGUGCCGCGAGACAGGAAAAAACUGCAGGAGACAAGGGCGGCGCGGUUCGCCGAGGCCAAUGGCAAGGCUGGGGAUGCGGAAGCCGCUGAGGGCGAGACGUUCACCAGUCCCGAAGUGAGAUGGAUGCGACCGAGUGAGCGGACACCACUUGUGCGGAGAUGAGAGGUGCAGAUGGGGGUGUGGGUGUGUCGGUGGGUCGGUGAAUAAAUG